GGGCGGCACGCUGUGACUCCAUUUCCCAGCGUGCUCAGCGGCGGAGCGGAGCAGGAGCCGUGAGCGGCUCAUCCGGAUGCGUCCCUCCCUGCUCUCCGCCGGCAGCGCCGCAGCCUCCGCCAUGGCCGAGGGAGCCAUGGCCCGAACCGUGCGCUCCAAGCUGACGGCGGCGCUGGAGCCGUCGCACCUGCAGGUGCUGGACGAGAGCCCCCGGCACGGGGGGGCGGCCGGGGCCGGUACUCACCUGUCGGUGGUGGUGGUGAGCGGCCGCUUCGAGGGGCUACCGGCUCUACAGCGCCACCGCCUGGUGCACGCCGCGCUCAGCGCUGAGCUGGCCGGGCCGCUCCAUGCACUCGCCAUCGUGGCUCGGACACCGGAGCAGUGGGCGAGCGACCCCAGCGUCCCCGACCGGCCGCCGUGUGGGGGGGGGGGGAAGAGGGAGCAGAGAGGGGAGAGCUAAAGGGAGCCCCCCCCCCCCCUUCCUGCAUCCCAUCAUCAUGGUAACACUGGGAUGUGCCAUCGGCUUUAGGGGGGAUGUGGGGACAUCAUCCCCCCUCCCCUCACUGCAUCCCAUCACCAUGGUAACACCGGGAUGCACCAUCGGCUUUAGGGGCAAUGUGGGGACAUCCCCUCCCAUCAUCACUAUGUCCCAUGAAGGAGAUGGGGUAUAGGGGGUGCAGCCCACCCCCCUGAAAAUAAACUGUCCCAUUGGAGCCAC